AUGGUGAACACUAGAUCAGAAGCGAACAGAGCGUCUCGGGAUGAUAGAAAUGCCCGAGAAGAAGGAAACUCAAACGAUCCCCAACUCACCCGCAUGAACGAGAAAAUUGAGCAAAUGGCCAAAAGUAUUGAGGAUUUGGCAACUAUGAAUGCCAUUCUUCAAGCUCGGGUUCCGGAAAUCCACCGGAUAGUCACAGAUCCAGAAGUCCAAGAGGUCCACAAUAGUCAUAUCGGAGAGCGACGGGAGGACGAAAGACCCGGAGGCAGCCGAGUCGAGGAAUCCGGAGAAAGAAACAACCAAGAAGAAGAGAUUUCCGUGCACCUUUCCCCUCCUCAAACCGAGGCCGAAAGGGCGGUGCAAGGCAUGAUCACCCGACUAGAACAGAGAUGCAAUGUUCUGACUGCAGCUAUAGAACGGAAUGACAAGGGAAAAGCCUCCCUAGUCUCUGAGAAUCUUCUACAAAAAACCACAUCUCCAUUCAUCGAGGAUGUGGCCAACAUUCAUCUCCCAGAGAAGUUUAAAAUCCCGGAGAUUCCGUUUUAUACAGGCCUUGAAGAUCCUGUGGAGCAUCUGGACAAUUUCCGCGCCCACAUGGACCUUCAUCGAACGCCCGAGAUGGUAGCUUGUCGAGCUUUCCCUCUGACCCUCUCGGGUAAUGCUCGCAACUGGUUCCGGAAGCUUCCACCAAACUCCAUCCGUCACUUCGAUGACCUCGAGAGGAUGUUCCUUACGCAAUUCAUGGCCGGGAGGGUUAGAAGGAAGCCAUCCGGAUCAUUGAUGUCAUUACACCAGGGACCCGAGGAGUCUCUCAGAAACUUCUUAUUGAGAUUCAAUCAGGCAAGGCUCGAAGCUGAGACCGCAACCGAUGACUUCAUAUAUGGAGCCCUCUUCCAGGGAAUAUGGAAAGAUGGAGCUCUUAUGGCUGACAUAGCCCGAAAGCCUCCACAGAAUCUAGACGGCUUCAUGAAUAAAGCCGAGAAGUAG